ACUUCUGCCAGGGGCGAGGGUCGCGGAGGGGACAGCGUCAGGGCCGCUGGGGCGGGGACGGCGGGCGAGGCGCAAACUUUACUAGGAGUUUUUGGCACUUGGAGGCAGAGCCCGUUGGGCGGCGCAGCACGCCCGCCGGGAAACGCAGGGGAGCUGCCUGUUUCGCUGAAAACCCGACCAGGACCUAACGGGCCGCGGGACAGCAGCCUCCGAGACCACGGCACGCAGCGACUAACAGAGCCCGCUCCUCAGCCCCUGACUCUCUUCGUCCCCGCCCCACAGCGCGGUAUAAGUAUGGCCCGAAACAGAACUGGCAACCACAGUAGCCAAUCCACUUCCCAACCUCACUUUGACAGCCCAAUCAAGAUGAAGAGGAGGCGGGGAGACCAUGAGUAAUGCCCCCCGGACACUUACUACUAGAAACCCAAGUCCUCCGGGAGGCGGAAGGAAGAGGAGGGCCGGGCACGGGCGGAAGUGGCGGCGCAUGCGCACUGGCACCCUCUCGGUGUCCUCCGAGCUGAGGCCGCGGAGUGCGCGGGAGACCUACCAAUUCCACGGCGGGACCACCACUCCCAGCAGCCUAGGCGGCUCCCGCGCCUGCGCCAUCCGUCACCGCCCUCCCUUUGUGUCGCCUCCCGGUACUCAGUUUGGAACGGCUUGGAGACAAAGGGGCACAAGAGGGAAGCUGCUUCCUAGUGCCGAGCCCCAUAAGAGGUGGAUAGGCCCGAGGGGCGCCUUCCCUAGCCCUUAUCUCUUCCCGCCCUCUGCCACGAACACCGCUCUCGGAGGCUGCUCCCCACAUUUGGAAAGGCCGCCAACAGAAUGCACACAUCCGGUCGGCCGGCGUCCUGAGGCCGUUCGGCUCCCCAGCCGCCCCUCCCCGCACCCGGUCCCCAUCGCCUCUCCGCCCUCCCGAAGCUCCCGGAUUUUGGGCUUUCUGAGAAGCCCGGACGCCACGCGAGCCCGUUGCCUAGGCGACCGGCCCCGCGCCCCGCCCCGCCCCCUUCCGGCCAAAGGGCCGGCCCCUCCUGGGCGUGGCCUCGCGUCUUUGUGGACUGCCCGCGAGCGCUGCGGUUCCUAAGCGGCCUCCGCCUCGGCUUUCGCCCCCGCACGGCUGCAGUCGCCGCGGGUCCACUCCGGGGUGGACCCGAGAGCUGUGCUCGCCACGCUUGGCUGCCUGCUUUUCGCUAGUUUUCUUCCGCUCUGAACCCUGGUCUGUUUGCAUUGGGUGUUUUUCACCAAGUCGGAGAACGGUGCCUUGUCAUUUUUCACCUUUCUCACCGGACUUUCUCUUUUCCGGAGAGCCGGGUUGGUGGUGCUGCCUGUGUAUUCCACGAACCUAAGUAAGCCCUGUCCCCAGCCCUUGCAGUGUUUCUGUGUCAACUCCACGCCAGCGCGCUUCUCCACUUUUUCUUAGCCUUUUAAUUUGGACAGGGUCGGAUUUCAGCUUUUAUCCACCGGGUUUAUCCUGUUGCAAAGCAGAGUGCACAGAUUUAGACACAAAAUAACUGCAGUUGAAAUGGAUACACAUUCUCGUGGUAAGAUUUGGAAACGUGGUAUUUGAUGGAACCCUGUUGUGACAUCUAAAACUAUUUGCAUUUUUUAAAAAAAAGUAUUCUGUGUAAUCCAGUAAAAAUUUGGAUUCGUCCAGUAUUUAUAGAGUAGAUUAUUAACUGCAGUGGUGCUCAUUCAAGCGCCCUGCAGGGUAUUUUGUGCUAUGGAUGUGAGUACGGCAAAGAGACUGAAUUGAGUUGUUUUGUACUUGGAAUCGGAUUGUUCACGUUGGAACGUUGCUGCAAUGAUAAAUGGAUGGAUACUCUUUACACUUUGAAGUGGGUUUAAUCUUCACUUUUAAGCCCCUUCAUCUCACCUACACAUCAGGAGAGCUUUUGCUUCGAUAUGUGGGGAAAUGGCUGUUAUUUUACUUACAGAUCACGCGAUUCUAGUCUUGGCCCAGUUAAAAGCAAAUGAGUACUUUCGUUUCUACAAGAUUUAUUGGCCACUACUUGGUCUGCACUAAAGACUGUAACACUUGGCCGGACGCGGUGGCUCACGCCUGUAAUCCUACCAGUUUGGAAGGCCGGGGUGUGGAUUACCUGAGCUCAGGAGUUCGGGACCAGCUUGGGCAACAUGGUGAAACCCUGUCUCUACUAAAAAUACAAAAAAAUUAGCAGGCCAUGGUGGCGCGUGCCUGUAGUCCUAGCUAUUCUGGAGGCUGAGACAGGAGAAUCACUUGAACCCAGGAGGUGGAGGUGGCAGUGGGCCGAGAUUGCGCCACUGCACUUCAGCCUGAGCGACAGAGCAAGACUCAUCUCCAGAAAAAAAGAAAAAAAAGACUACGACAAGAUAACAUUAUGUGGAAACAAACAUUAUGUCGAAUAGAGAGUAUAGAGGGAGUACAAAGUUGAAUAAGGAAAAUUACGCCUUUCCCUCUAAAAGCAUAUAAGUAAUUUAAAAGUACAAUAGUAAGAAAUAGACCGGUUCUUCUAUUCCUAGUAAUCAUUGGCUCUAGAAUGAAUAGUGUUUAUCUGAACUCAAGAAUAAAGUUGGAAGUAAUUUACCCCUUACAAAGAUAAGAUGGAGUUUAACCUAGGUUAUCGUUUUUUUAAAAAAAAUCACAAUACAGUACAAUCUGAAUAAUGAAUUUGUUCCUCUCUUGUUAUGUAUUCUCUUCACAUACAUAUAAACCAAAAAGGCAUCUUAUGCAUUCAACAAGGAAUAUUGACGAAUGUCUACCAUGUGCCAACUACUGGUCCGUGUGCUGGGGAUACAGUAGUAAAAAGUUUUUUGGAGCUUUACAUUCCAUAAAACUUUUAGCCCACCCCUUGGGAUAAAAAGUCAAAAAUAUUUUGUCUUCUUUGGAACAAACUUAGAAGACCAAGCAGUAAGACAUAAUUAACAGUGAUAA